GGCAACUCUUAAAGAGCAAGAAGUGUUGGGUCUCAACCUGCCUAGAAGCAGUAUCUGCAGAUCUGUAAAUUCUUCUCCCUAAUUACAGCUUUGGCUGCAAUUAUUCACCAGUGGUGAGCAAAAGCCACUCUGCACAUAUGCAGAGACACCUUUUCUUUGUUCUAGGUCUGAGCAUGGGUACUGAAAAUAUGUUCUGAGACUAAACCCUGGUGAUCCUUGGCUCAAAUUAAGCAGAAGCUGAUCAGCACAAUGCUCUAGCUCCAGAAUGCCAAGCAGAGGAAUCAACCAGAGAAGAGUCUUUUUCAACAAAAUAGGACCCCUCCAGCGUCAGUUACGUCAGGGGGAAUACGGGUUGUUCAGGUUUUCCCCUAUGUUUGAAAGUAAUUUUGUCCAGAUCAGCAAGCAAGGGGGUCCAAUUGAGAUCCAUAACCAGGAGCAAAUUGUGACAGUUGGCAUCACCUCUACAAGCCCUGCUCAUCUGAUCCCCAAUGUACUGCUCCUGGCACGGCCCAUUGUUCUAUCAGAAGAGCACCUUCCAUUCUUCAAAGCCAUGCGCCGCUAUCAAAAGCCAGUGAGAUAUGAGUUAACCAGGUUAUUCCCUUUGCGCUUUGUCAAGAUCACAGUCCACAAUGCAGAGAGGCAGCAGCUGCGGUUUAAACUGGCAAGUGGCCGCACCUUCUACCUCCAGCUGUGCGCUGAGUCAGAUAGGCGGGAUGAUCUUUUUGAUGCCUGGGUCAGGAUUAUCCAGUUGCUGCGCCCUGCCUCAGAUGUAAAUGUUGAUGAGCCAAAGGAGAAGCCCAGAGCCCCGACGAGCCAUGUGACAUCUUUACCCCUACAAACAAAUAUUCCGUCCCCUCGGCACAUUUCUCCUCAGCACAUGAACGCAACGUGGAACAUUCACGCAGCCACCAAAAGCGUCAGUGCCCUGGAAAAUAAAACCAAGAAAAAACAGAACCUGGCCCCCGAAAAGAAAGCCAAGAAAAAACAGAGCCCAGCCCCCGAAAAGAAAGCCAAGAAAAAGCAAAGUCCAGUUCCGUCUCCAGAGAGCACAGUCAAAAUGCGAAACCUAGGGCCACCUUCCAGUUCAGUGGAGGUUGUUCUAGGUGAUAGUCUCCCAGCCAUAGAAAACUUGAAAACCUCAAAAAGAUUAGAGACGGUGCCGGAGGUUAGCUCCACCCAGGAAGGCCAGGCUGAAGAGAAGGUGGAGCAUGAGAGCAACCCCCUUGCUAAGAGAAAACCAAAAAAGAGUGAUGUCAGUCGAAGCCGGUCUGGACAGCAAGGCACUUCCCGGAAGCCAAGCAAGAUUAUCUCCCUCAUCAGGGCCUGCUCCUGGGGCAAAUCUAGAAAGGGGAACCGAAGUGGCAAGGCCCGAAACAAAGGGAAAAAACAUUGAGCAGAGUAAAGCAAAGAGUUUGGAGGCACACUGAUAUAAUAAAG